CUUUACUUUGUCUUUUGAAGACUCUCGAGCGUUGGCAAGGCGCGGAUGCGCGACGCGCGGGUGUGUUAUUUCUUUUUCGCUUUCUAUCUUCCGGGGCCGCUUCCUUGAGACAUAGCACGCUGGGUGUCCCAUUUCGGCAACAGUGGCGACGCAUCUCCAGACUUCACGCCUUAUGGACAAUUACGCUUUGGAGCUUGCCUCGCAGACUGGGACCUGGUGCACUCCGUGAACCUGUUUCGCGAGUCUGUUGGGUGCGCGCAAACGAACGUUUUUUUUUUCCUGAGUGGCGUUAGAGUGAGACAGCGAAUGGUAGCAGUGCCUGCCUCUCCAACAUUUCGCCGUCACGGCAGCGUAACGUAUGCUUUUUGAGUCAUUAUUAUACGGUUCUCGCGAGAGACCUUUUUUCUGAGUCACCGCUGAAAGAGUUGUAACUGCCUCGCGCGGCUUGCGGUGUGCCUUUCACUCCGGGCCUUUUUCACCUCACGUGGCCAAGCUUGUGGUGUCGACCCUUGUGGCACGAGAAUGCCAGUGAACGGACUGGUCCGCGGCCUUUUGUUUGCCGUCGCCGCCGCUUCGUCCUUCCAGCUGGACGUGACGGCGGCAUCGGUAGCCCCGCGCUGUGAGAACACCAGCCGUCCCAUGCAGGCUGUCUACACGUGUGUCGGCUUCACCUCAACGCGGCACUUUGCAGAGCACCUCGAGGGCUCCCUGCUCACCGAUAGUCCGCUUUCCUUCGUUCUUUCCGACUGCGAGGUCCCAGAACUUCCGGCCAAUGCCUUCGCCGACAUUCCCGUCCACGUACUGGAACUUAGCAACGUCACGGUGAAGUCCUUCGGAUCCUCUGCCGACGGCCUUCUUGUGGGAGAUGUCGAAGAAACGCUGGAAAAGCUCGUCUUCCGCGACCGCAGUAGCCUUCCCGCGUCCUGGUCGUCGCUCAAGAACUUGAAGAGGCUGAAGGUACUGAGGUUCUUCAACAUGGCCGCACUGCAGUUGACGUCAGAUUACAAUGCACUCGCCGGCAGUUUGACCGUCGUGGAAGUCAUUCAGUCUAGCAUAGCGCGAAUCGACGAAGAUUGGCUCGCGCGGGUAACCGGCCUGGAGUCACUAGUGAUUCGAGAUUGCGACCUCAAGCAGUUUCAGCGGUCCAUGUUGCCCAGGCCAGCGCCAAACCUCUGGAACUUGGACCUAAUUGGGAACAACUUGACGUCACUGCCCGACGACUUUGGCGAAGACUACCCGGCCCUGAAGUUCUUGGAUUUGGGCAGCAAUUAUCUGACGACUGUUAGCAGGGCCAGCCUGGCGCCACUUCUGGACGCGCCCCUCGAAGCCGUCGAGCUCGGCGGCAAUCCCCUGGUGUGCGACUGUUCGGUGGAGCACCUGCGUGCCUUCCCGGCCGGCUUGCUGAGUGCGGACUGCCGGGCGCCCGAGGCACUCAGGCGGAGGAGCGUGCACGAUCUCACCGACGAAGACCUGCGAUGCGCCGCUUGAGGCUCGUGUGCGCUUGUCGUCAGCCUUGCGCUUGCGUUGUAUUAGCGAGCCGUUCGUGUGCUUGGUUCGUGGCAGCCGCAGACAGGUUGCAAAUGCCAUGGGUGUGUUCCAAUUCUGGCCAGCAUCGGGGACAGGCAGCUUCGAGGCUACAAGGCGCUUCGCAUGCAAGGCGCUUCUGCGACGUGACGCCACCUCACGGCCGCAAGAAAAAGUUGAGAAAAGCGCGUGCUAUUUCUGUACUUUUAAGUCCUUGCGCCUUCAAACCUACAAAAAGAAAACGAUGUAGCUUACAUUAAGGGCAUAGGAUAGCGUGUCUACGUUUUCUUCUGCGCAGACACCCUCCUUCCUGUCGGCUUUCCAAGCGUCCUGCUGAGACGCCGUCUUUUUUGGACAGGAAAGUAGCCUGCAUCGUUUUUGACUUCGAUGCCGUCUUCGCGAAGCUGUCUACUUUGACGUCAUAGUGAGAAUUGGAACGAGGCUUAAGAUGGCCGCUGUCCGCUUAGCCGUCCACGUUGCCGUCUAUGGCGACUAUUGGAACACAGCCCAUGUAUCGUGCACCAAGGCCGUACGAAACCAACAACUUUUUUUUCGAUGACGAAAAUCAAGUUCGCGAGACGUUUGCAAUGAGUCACUAAAGUCACGGCACUAAAAGUGCCCAUUGCGAUGGCGCAUCUAAAAGAAUACGUUAUACGAACUCGAGUGGAUUGGUUACGUUCCGCAAGUACGUAGUCUGGCGCUCGGCGCGCGCGCGCUUUGUGUCUGCAUGUACGCAGCCUCUCCGCGAAAUAGUCGACGUUCUUGGUCGCCUCGCUUCUCUCGUUUUUUGAUGGUGCAUUUUUUGCACCACUACUUACCUCCUCAAUUGCACGCCAACUAGCCAAGUGAGAAUCGUCAUUAGGAUGGAAGUGGGUACAGUCAAGUAUGACUUAAUCGAACACCGCUUCAUAUUCUUGGCCGAAUAAUCACUUGAAUCAUCACCACAAAUGCGUUAGGCUCGAACACACGCGCACAGGCACAGACGACACGCGCGCUCGUCAUGGCCAUUUUUCUUUUGUGCAUGUCUAUUAAAUGGCACCUGAUGUCACCGUAAAUAUAAUUGAGAAACUUUUCCAUCAAGAAAUUCUUCGUAAUAAACGUUGUUCCUGCUGGGAUAGCGAGUUCAUGUCUUCGUACUUCGUCUGGCUUCAGCUACCCGUGUGGAAGGGCACUGUCGCCGACGCUGUGCAAAACAAAGGCGCCGGAAUCCCGAGAAGAGAGUGACCGAUGCAGAGGGCGACGCCGUUGUGAGGCCGAUGCGGGGUAGGCUCCUGGGGCGGCCGAGCAGUGGGUGCGGCCUGUUUGGCUACGAGUGUUUCUGCGCUGCUAUGCCGCACAGCCGACAGACGCCGUCGCAAUGGCGAAGCGGCACGAAGACGUUGCGGGCAACCAGCGCUGAAGCUCUGCGUGAUGUUAGAUACGGGACCUUUUCCUGAGCCUCCUUCGAGUUCACCAGACCACAUCGAAUCGCGUCGCAGCUAAUUAAGGAGCGCCGAUGCACAUCUACCUCGUUCCCGAGGCGCGGCACGUGCAAACGAGUUGGCGCCCCCGACCUCGUGCGCCGCAGGUGGAGCUAUUCACUGCUUGACUCUUCCCGAAAGUGUAGCGAGAGCCUGGCACUGUUCCAGGUAACGUGGGUCCCGAGGCAAGACGGCUGUAAUGCACCGUGAAGCCCUGGCAGCAAUGCCCCCAUCCGCCUUUGUGAAGGCAGUUGCAGACCGUGAAGGCAGUACCGCAGACAAAUAAUUCCUCGGACAAUUGGAGCCCCAGGAGUGAUCCUCUGAGCCAAAUGUGACGUACACUCGCACGGGCGCCUACCAUUGGCCGAAAAUGACGACACCUGAGCGGGCUCGCUGAUUGGCCGAAAAUGACGCCACCUGAGCGGGCUCGCUGAUUGGCCGAACGUGACGUGAUUUCGAGACACCGAAGGGGUUAAAAGCCAGAGACCGGGAGCAGCAAGAGAAGAUUCCUUCAUUGAUCUCUUUCGAGCUUCUUGCCACGGGCCGCAGCAUCCGAGUUGCUGCCAGCCCGUAAUGACAUUAUGACUGUUAAUUUCUUUGUACUCUCACUGUAAAUAAUGUAAUUAAACCUCCAGUUUUUCAUCUCAAAGACCUCCUCAACCUCGGCCAACAUCCGCACCCAACGGCAAGGUCCAACAUCUGGGGGACAGCAAUUGGUAUUGUCUUCCAGAUCCAACAGUGCCCGCAACAGCGCCGUAACAUGCCGCCUAGCGAUCGGAGAUCACAGUUGUGAGCAGCACAUGCUGCGACUUCGCGCCAGCAAGUUCGCCGCUCAUCUCGUAGAGAGAGCGUCGCAGAGAGCGUAAGCGAGGCAAGGAGGUUGAAAAACGAAUGCGGCGUGCGCACGCAUAUCGGCGUUCAAAGCGCAGUCAGAGGCAGAGCUCAAUCACAGUCCUCGCUGCACGGCUGACGGUAGAGGCCAUGGUCCCGGUAUUCCGUCUUCUUUGAACGUUCCGUGGUUCAGCCAGCUUGAAGCGGCACGCAGGGUCCGCAAAUUAAGGCAGUCGCGGUGGCGGGUUCGACUAUCGGCCGCGGCGGCAUUUCGAUGGGGGGCGAAAUGCAGAAACGCGUAUGCUUAGACGUGUGUUUAGACCCCCCGAUGGCCAAGGUUUAUCUGGGGCCUUCCACUGCGGCUUGUCCGAUAGCCAAAGUGUUGCUUACGUUCAAUCAAAUCAUUCAAUCAAAAUUAACGAGGAUAUGCGAUGCCAUGCUCGACACUGUGGGAUGCGUACGCUUUUGGUGGCGUAAGUUUUGUACAGUUGGCUUCUUUGUGGCGUCAUCACCAUAAUCGCGAGCCUGGGACAAAUGCAUCUCAUGGAUGUUUCCUUUGUACUUGUUUCUGAUCUUGGUAAUUUCUGCUUUCGCCGCUGUCUUGGUGCCCCACGGGCCGAGCAGGUGCUUGACGAUCUUCCACGUCUUGCCCGUGUUGAUGUUGCCGUCCAUGGCGUCACAUACCUCGUCCCAAUCCUGAUUGCAUAACUGGGCGCAGUGUGUUUCGAUGUUCUUGUUCCGCGAUUUUGCGCCUUCGAUUUCUAUUUUGUUUUUGCCCUUGCAGACGUUUCGGGAUCGAUUUUAUGGCUUGUACGAGGUGUGCGAGGUGAGCCUGCUGUCCAUCCGCAGAGGGUGACCGCCACCGUCGUCGUCGUCUUCUGCGUCUUCUCGUCGAGGCCCCCAGUCGUCCUACUCCAUGUCGGUCGUGGCCUUUUUUGCGUCUCGUAGCAGCUCCCCGCUCCAUUUUUCUAUGCUUCUUAUGGGUCCCUGCUCCUUUUCGUCUCUGAUAUUUAAGAAGUUUGUCCCAGUCUACUAGCCUGAGCUUAUUUUUUAUUUCCUUCGUGACGCGGGCAUCUCCUGCGGUGAUACUGAGGAUCCUGUGAUCGCUCCCCAGGUGCUCGAAUGUGUUUUCCCAGGUGAUUCUCCCGGCGCCCCUACACAGCGUUAGGUCCGGUGUGGUGUCCCUAUGGGGGCCCGCACCGACUCUGGUGUGUGAGGCCGGCUUCUUGAGGAGGGUUAGGCCAGCUUUUUCAAUGAGGUCGGCCUGGUCUUUUACCUUCUUUGACGAGUACCCAUGUCCACAUGCGUGUGUGGAGCAUUCAAGUCACCUACGAUGACGAGCCUGUUGUCGCGCGCGAUGGUCAUCAUCUCGUUAUUUAAAUGUUCGAAAUUGUGUUAGGACCUUUUUGGAUGAGCCGCUGUAGAUGCACAGGACGAAAGUGCUGCUCUCCCAUCACCCUCUUGCUUUGUAGCACUUCUAUAAGGAUGAGGCCAAUGUCCCUCAUUUUUUCUCAUAAUGCACAGGAUCGCGUCCAGUGCUUUCUUGACUAAUGUGAUUAUGAGUAUGUCCCUCCCCGUCCUUCGUGGGCGUUGUUUGUGGGUGGCGUACGCGGCAAUUUUGGCGUGGUCGAAUGUUUUCUGGAGAAUUGUUACGUAGGGAUUUCUUUCUUUUCUCGGUCAUUUUAAUGUGGUGCCAUUAUUGCUUUUAUUUUUUUUUUUGAGAAGCCGCGGUAAUUCCACUGCCAGAUGAGGAGUUUUCCCUUCUUGGUGCCCGCCAUCUUUACCAGAUCUUCUCCAGCUCUGCGCUCCGAACUGAUUGUCAUGAGCAUGCUGAAGCAACGGAAUUUAUUGGCGAAAGCAGAAGUUACUGUAGCUACAGUGGCUUAUGGUUACAUGCAGCGUGAUUGUAGAUUUAUUGAAAAAUAAAGAAAUAUUGAAAAUAA